AGACGCCACGUGGAUGGUAUAUCCGGGCGGCAAAAUAGGUGUGUGAUGCUUGUUUGACGAACUCGUGAGGUUCGUGUAGUUUUUCUUUUUUUUCCUCUCUUGGUUUUGGGAUUGGAAAUUUUUGGGUUUUUCUGGAUUGGAGCUUGGAGGCAUGGAUCAUCAAGCUGAUGCCCAGCGCACCGAUCUCAUGACAAUCACUCGGUUCGUGCUCAACGAGCAGAGCAAGCAUCCCGAGGCUCGCGGCGAUCUCACCAUUUUGCUCAGUCACAUUGUUCUCGGAUGUAAGUUCGUGUGCUCGGCAGUGAACAAGGCUGGAUUGGCCAAGUUGAUUGGCCUUGCAGGAGAAACCAAUGUCCAGGGUGAAGAACAGAAGAAGCUGGAUGUGUUGUCAAACGAUGUUUUCGUCAAGGCGCUUAGCAGCAGUGGAAGAACUAAUGUUCUUGUGUCCGAGGAGCUGGAGGAGGCGAUCUUUGUGGAGGCAUCUCACCGUGGCAAAUACUGUGUGGUUUUUGAUCCUCUGGAUGGCUCGUCUAACAUCGACUGUGGUGUCUCGAUUGGAACUAUUUUCGGGAUUUUUCUACUGGAUCAUGACAACGCAGGCAGCAACGAUGAUGUUCUCAAGCCUGGGAGUGAAAUGGUCGCGGCUGGGUAUUGCAUGUACGGUAGCUCAUGCACGCUCGUGUUUUCUACUGGAUCGGGCGUGAAUGGGUUUACUCUCGAUCCAUCCCUGGGAGAAUUUAUAUUGACACAUCCUGACAUUAAGAUACCAAAGAAGGGAAAAAUUUAUUCCGUGAAUGAGGGCAAUGCAAAGAACUGGGACGAGCCCACUAGAUUAUAUGUGGAGAAUGCAAAGUUCCCCAAAGAUGACUCGUCACCAAAGUCGCUCAGAUACAUUGGCAGUAUGGUAGCUGAUGUCCAUCGCACACUUUUGUACGGUGGAAUUUUCAUGUACCCAGCUGACAAAAAGAGCCCCUUUGGAAAAUUACGAGUUCUCUAUGAGGUGUUUCCAAUGUCCUAUCUCGUUGAGCAAGCCGGGGGUCAGGCUUUCACAGGGAAAGAGCGGGCACUCGAUCUAGUCCCCAAACACCUCCACGAGAGGUCUCCAAUUUUCUUGGGGAGCUACGACGACGUAGAGGAGAUAAAAAAGCUGUACAGUGCAACCAUCGCUUAAACUAUUGAUUCAAUCUCAAGCGAAGUCAAAACAAUAAACCUGUGGUG